AUGUCUGACUUAAACGUACUCCAGAAGAAUUUUGUCAUCCCCGUGGAGAGAACAGACUUGACACUAUUUGAUGAUAAUUUCUUUAACUUGAAGGAACGAUUUACGGCAGAAAUGAAAAGAAUGGAGCAGGAGGUCACUAGGUUUUCUGACAACCUCAUGUGCCUCUACGGGCACACGACCAGCGCCCACUCUGCCGUGUCUUCAGCCCAGCGAGACCGGACCAACUCAGCACCGGCCACUUUGGAGAACAUCAACAACUCGCCUCUCAUCGAGGGGGAGGGAGAAGCCAAGACUCUGAAGCUGCAGUUUGACCUGAGCCAGUUUGAUCCGUCAGAGGUAAAAGUAAAAAUUGUCGAAGACUUUCUAAUUGUAUCAGCGACGCAUGAAGAGAAGUCUGACAAUUCCACCAUAUACAGGGAGUACCACAAGGAGUUCCUCAUGCCGAAGGGAGUGAACCCUCAGGAUGUUAUCAGCUCUUUGUCCAAAGACGGUGUGUUGACGGUUCAGACGCCACUCCCGAAAGAGGCUUUGACGCUCGUUAAUACUCGUAAUCCGUCAAAAUAG